GCCCUGAUAUUUGAUAUAGAAGGUUAUUCAACUCGCCUUUCACUAAAUAAUUCACCUGGCGCAAGUUACUUCCAACAACGCAAGCUGCAGAAUGGAGGAAUACACAGACAGUAUUUGAUCUGGCCGUGAGCUAUACGAUUUCACUGUCUGAGUACAUCUUUCUAAGAGGGGAAUUAGGUCAAUCCUGUAGUCUCUUGCCUCAGUUUGCAUACAAGGUUGCAUACAACAUAUCGAUAAAUUCAAUGCACGACUGCUUAAGACCAGUUAAUCUCUACAUCAUAGAACAGUUAAUCACCUGUAACUUGAUGUUCUUAUAAUAAUCAUGCAGCUGUCAUUUUGCAGACUUCGGACGCACCAGUGGUGUUUCCUGCUCUUCAACGUGGUUCUUUUCCACGCCUUUCUCUUUGGGGCGGACUUUAUGGAAGAGUAUCUGCUGCAAUCCUCCCCGACUACCUACACGGAUGCCCAAACGCUGGAUAUCCGUGAGAGAGCCAGAAAGCUGGACGUGAGCCCAGUCAGGAAAAACAUCUCCAGGUUCUUCCGUAUCGGUAACGCAGGAGCGUGCGCCGACAGAGAUCUCUUUCUCCUGGCCGUCGUGUCCAGCGGUGCGGGAAACCGAACACGGCGGGAAACGAUCCGGCGCACGUGGGCGAACGUGACGAAGGUGGACGGAUACCAUUUGAUGACGCUCUUUGCGAUCGGCAUCCCUCCAAAGCCGGAAACGCAGGGCGACAUCGAUAGAGAGUUUGCAAAGCACAGAGAUAUCAUCCAAGGCACCUUCUUGGAUUCACCCAGCAACGGUGUCCACAAAACCAUCAUGAUCAUGCGUUGGGCCGUGACGUUCUGCUCCAAAGCUUUAUUUAUUCUGAAAUCCAAUGAGGAGACCUUUGUCAACUACAAAAGCUUGAUGGAGUAUCUGCUUGGUUUGAAGAGGCACGCAGAAGAUCUUUACAUCGGGAGGGUCUACCACCAAGUUAUGCCGAUCAGAGAGCCCCAGAGCAAACACUACAUGCCUGUUAGUCGGUAUUCGGGGAAAUUCUAUCCUGAUUAUUGUAGCACCACUGCCUUUGUCAUCUCACAGGAUGUGGCCAGGAAAAUCUUUGUUGUUUCCCAGGCGAUGGACACUUCAAUAUCUGAAGAUGUUUUUGUUGGAAUCUGUGCCAAGAAGGCUGGUGUGGUGCCCAUCCACAGCUCCCGGUUCUCCGGGGAGAAGCACAUACGGUUCAACCGCUGCUGCUACAAUUUCAUCUUCAGUUCAUUCGGGCUGACUGACGAGGAGCUGGCGAGGGCAUGGGAGGAGAUUACCGACAGCAGACGCUGUGCCAUGUUGGAAACAUACUACGGACUGGUCAAGUGCAAAGCCUUGACCUAUCUAGACAAGCUCACUUGAUGUGGUGGCAUUGGUUCUGAGUGUAUUCCUGGACCAACACCCAAAACAUUGCUUGAUUAAAAUGGUCAUUCCACGAAACUCCAAUUCUUGCUGUAGAGAAUGAGAUGGUCAUGGGUUCAAGUCCCGCCACUGACACUUGCACACAUGACCUGGGCGGUGCAUCCAUGGUGGAUGUAAGAUACCAGUUCAAAAUAGAGUGGGAGAGUUUGUUCCCAUUGUCCCAGUCAAUACUUAUACCUCAAGCCAUAUAAUUAAAAAACAGAUGACCACGUCCCUGGGACAUUGCAUCUUGUCGACCCUUUCCAUGUACAAAUUGGGGCUGUCAACAUCUCCAUUACAAUAAUAACAACACUUCAGUAUCAAUUUGUUUAGUUUUGUUCAUGUCACGUGUACCAUGGCACAGUGAAAAGCUUUAGUUGUGUGAUUACAAUCGAGCCAUCCACAAGCCAUCCUCUGGUGAUCAGUAGUUAGCAUGUGCUCGCUCUCCAGUCCAUUAACCCUGUAUCGUCUCCUUUUUGUAAGAAGUAACUUUUCCAUUUUAAAUUUAAUUACUGCUUCCCAUUGCUUCCACAAGGAAAUUCAACCCCUCAUCCGAAGAAAGGUCCCGACCCGAAACGUCACAUAGCCAUGUCCUCCAUAGAUGCUGCCUGACCUGUAGAGUUACUCCAGCACUUUAUGCUCUGUGUCUUCGUUGUUGGAAAAAUACUAAAAGAUAAUGGUCAAACAUGCAGUUAUCAUUCAUUGAUUUUUGUGUUUGUGUUGUGGAAUUUUUAAAAGCUGCAUUAUUAGAAAUAAAUAUUGAUUGUGUUCAAUUAAAAACUAGAUCAAAGAGCCUGUUUCCAAUAUUUGACAGUUAUGUAAGAAAUUGUUUUAAUUUAAGGUUUCUGAUGAGUGCAGGCAAAUUGGACCAGCCCAGUACGCCAACUUGGUCAGCAUGUUCAAGAUGGGCCGAAGAGCCUGUUUCCAUGCCAGACAGCUCUAUGAGUCGAUGAUUCAGACUCAGUUUGGCACUCUGCCCACAGUCAAGUCUCCUGGACCAUUUACUAGAAUGAUCAGCAAGGUAUCAGGUAGCCACCUGUACCAGUAAUCAUUCUCUCAUUAACAUCAAGGAGGGAAAAGAGUACAAAUGUAUUUUUUUAUAAAUGUUGUCAACUAAAGUGCAAGCAAACAAAUACUCCUUGCAUCCUUGUUUGAAAAGAAAACAUUCUUAAUAUGUUGUGACCCUCAUGGGAGGUGGUGUUAUGGAUCCCAUUUCAGAUUUUGCUUAUAUUAUUACCAUGCAUUGACUGGGAUUAUGGUGAUUUAUGGUUGGAACCAUUUAUAAUUUAUGUGUGUUUCAUAGAGUUACUGUGCAUUCUGAAAAUAAAUUAUAAUAAACUGCUCUGGUUUAAACCAUUUGCAAUAUAACUGGCCUGUUAUGCUGCCGCAGGGUCAGGGUUUCAUGGCUUUGUUGUCAGUAUAUAUGGCGAUUAAACAGUCUCAAUUCUCUUGACUGUCGGCAUUUUCUUGAGCAUAUGACAAAGUUUGCCCCCCAAAAAAAUGGAAAGGCCAUUCUCCCUAAUGUGACAUCCAGUAGCAUUGCAGAUUUAGCAACUUCUGAAGAAAGAAGAGAUUCAAUGGAAUGAUUUCAAAAUCAGGCCAAACACUGUAACAGCAGCCAGUAUAAUGUCUCAUGGUGUUGGAAGUCUUUUUUGGGCAGAUCAUUUCCUAUUUAAGGAAAUAUACUCUAUGAAAGAACAGGGUCGUUAGUCAAAGUAUUCUUGUGUGCACGGUGUUUCCUUCCUAAUAGACACUUGGUAGCAAUUUUAUCAUCUUGACACAUCCUUAACUAUUCACUCAAGAGUAUGUUAGAAUAGAAUAGAGAAUAGAAUGCCUUUUAUUGUCAUUCAAACAGCUUGGUUUGAAUGAAAUUGCAUUUCUACAGUCUUAACAUUACAAAAAAAAAACAAGACACACACUUAACCCAAUUUACACAAACAUCCAUCACAGUGAAUCUCCAACACCUCCUCACUGUGAUGGAAGGCAAAAGUCUUACCUCUUCCCGUUGUUCUUCUCCAGCAGUCCAGCAGUCCAACGACUGGGGCUCCCGAUGUUAAAGCCCCCGGUGGGCGAUAGUAAGUUUCACGGCCCCGCUCCUGGUCAUUUAAACCCCACUAUUCCAGGUGAUUGUUACAGG